CUACCGAGUCAUAUACGUUAGGUUAAAAGAUCAUAAACAUCAACAUCUUUGAUUACAUUAAUUAAUUUUGUUUUUUAACUUGACUGUUAAUAUUCUUAGUGAUGGCUGGGACAAUUUAUAACAAUUUACCUCCAGCAGAAUCGCUUGAGGUGGACGAGAUCAAUUUGGGAAGUCCUAUCAUGAGAGCAUCUGCAGUUUACUUGGGUAAAUACUGUGAUGAUUUGAGCAAGGAUUUUAUGUUAUGUAAAUUGGAGGAAAAGGAUCCUCGUAAAUGCCUCGAAGAGGGUAAAAAGUUAACAGCGUGUGGAAAGGAGUUUUAUCGUAAUGUAAGAAAUAGUUGUAAACAAGAACUGGAAGCUUUAACCAAUUGUGUACUAUGGAAUUCAGAGAGUCUAGCUUUAUCAAAAUGUCGGGAUCAAGAAACUAUCUAUGACGCUUGUAUGUAUCGGAAACUUGGAAUGGAAAAACCUCCUUUUGGUUAUUUUGCUCAAGUUCGUGUACAUGAUCCAGAAAGGCCUAAACCAGCAAAAUGGGUACCAGAGUUCCCAGAACCAUCUGGUAUUGUUCCUCAUGAUAUGCCAGAAAGAGAGGCAACCGUUGGAACAUGGUCGGUUCUGGGCUGGUUUGGAUUCACUCCACGUCGAUAAUGUUAGAUCAAUUAUAUUGAUUAAUUUACAUUUUUGAAUUGUUCAUUUGUUCAUGGUAUGUUCACUGGCUAAAUAUAUCUGUAGCCUUAAACAAAUCUGAACAAACUCAAUAUUUCAGCUGAGUAGUUCACUAAGUUGAUGAUUGUUAGCUGCAAAAAAGGUCAUAACUAUAAAAUAAUUUCUAUUUGAAUAAACUUGGUGACCUUCUUUA